AUGCCUAAACUCAUUUUCCACAAGCGCCGGUUAAAAUGCGAAGAUUGUGGAGAACGCUUCAAGAAACGACAGGAACUCACGAGGCAUACUAAGACACACAAUGUAGUGCCUGCGUUUGGAUGCAAAUUGUGUCCGAAACGCUUUAAGAUACAAUUGUACCUCAUCCGCCAUAUUCGCACGCAUGAUAGAGAGCAUUCCUUGACAGACAAGAUGUGUCUGGAACGCUACGGGCUAAAUGAUGUCCUCGAUUCUCCCAAAAUGAUCCAUACUGCGAACAAACCCUACGGAUGCAGAUCCUGUGAGUUCAGCUCCGAUUACCGACGCAGUCGUAAUAGGCAUGAAGAAACUCAACACCUCACUCUUCAGUCAGCUGCUGACCAAUCUCUCACGUACUUGGCUCCCUGA